AUGCCGCCCGCAGAGAGCACCCGUGCUCGGCCUUCACCCCUGCACCUUCUCCGGAUGCUGCAGGACUGCCCAAAGGCCCGCAGGGAAGUAGAGCUGCACUGGAGGGCAUCGCAGUGCGCGCACAUUGUCCGCAUCAUGGACGUCUACGAGAACCUCUACCAGGGGAGGAAGUGUCUGCUCAUCGUCAUGGAGUGCUUGGAUGGCGGGGAGCUCUUCAGCCGAAUUCAAGACAGGGGAGACCAGGCCUUCACAGAACGGGAGGCUUCAGAGAUAAUGAAGAGCAUUGGGGAAGCCAUCCAGUACCUACACUCGAUCAACAUAGCACACCGGGACGUGAAGCCGGAAAACCUCUUGUACACCUCCAAAAGGCCCAACGCUGUGCUAAAGCUCACGGACUUUGGCUUUGCUAAAGAAACCACCACGCACAACUCCUUGGCCACUCCGUGCUACACGCCGUACUACGUGGCCCCGGAGGUGCUGGGCCCAGAGAAGUACGACAAGUCCUGCGACAUGUGGUCCCUCGGCGUCAUCAUGUACAUUCUGCUGUGCGGGUACCCCCCCUUCUACUCCAACCACGGCCUAGCCAUCUCGCCUGGCAUGAAGAAGCGAAUCCGAAUGGGCCAGUACGAGUUUCCCAACCCUGAAUGGUCCGAAGUGUCGGAGGAAGUUAAGCAGCUGAUUCGCAACCUGCUGAAGACAGAUCCGACCCAGCGCAUGACGAUAACGGAGUUCAUGAACCACCCCUGGAUCAUGCAAUCCAUGCAGGUGCCCCAGACCCCGCUGCACACCAGCCGCGUGCUGAAAGAGGAAAAGGAUCUGUGGGAGGACGUGAAGGAGGAGAUGACGAGCGCGCUGGCCACCAUGCGAGUGGACUACGAACAAAUCAAGAUCAAGAAAAUUGAAGAUUCCUCGAACCCUUUGCUGAUGAAGAGGCGGAAGAAAGCAAACCCCACCGAGCCUGCCGCGCUCCCCCACUGAGGGUGCCCCGCGCCCACCGGCCCUUGAGAAAGCAAUAACUAUAUAUAUAUAUUUUUUAAGAAAAAAGACAAAAAGAGACAGACUGUUAUAUCAAGCGCAUGGAAUUCAGACAUUUAUACCAGACUAGUUAUUUUUAGCUACUCACCUGUGUUUCUGACCUUGCUGGAGCAGGCGGUAAGAUCCCCCCAUCAGAUCCACAUGCUGCGGCCGGGGGUUUUGUCCUGUAGGUGAACGCCGCUGAUAAUUGGAUUUCUUUUCUUUUGUGAAACAGUUUUG